AUGAGCUUGAACAUGUACGGCUUCACUGGAGACGGGGGCAGUGGCCCCAACGCCGGCGGUGCGGGUAUGGGUGCGGCGGCCAGCAAUAACAGCACCGGUGGCGGAAACCAGCCCCAGCGUCGCAUGCACCCGAUCCGCCCGGUGACGAUAAAACAGCUGCUGGAGGCGCAGCGCGUCGGCGAGGGCGUGAUGGUCGUUGACGGCCGCGAGGUGACGCAGGCGACCGUUGUUGGCCGCGUUAUUGGCUACGAGGACGACGACGCCAAUCGCGUGAGCGGCGCUCUCACGGCGAAGCAUUACGGCUACCGCAUCACCGACGGCACCGGCCUCGUGGUGGUGCGGCAGUGGAUGGACGCCGACCACAACGAGGAGCCGCUGCCGGUGCAGUGCUACGUGCGCGCCUCCGGCACCGUGAAGGUGUGGCAGAACGCACCCAUCGUCACUGGCACCGUGCGCCUCGUCUCGGACUGCAAUGAGCUGAGUUAUCACUUCCUCGACGCCAUCCUCACACAUCUGCGGCUAACGAAGGGCAAUAAGCACGCCAAGGAGGACGCGGUGCCGGCGGUUAGCAACAGGGCGAGCACGCUAGGUGUGCAGAACAUGUUGCCGGGUGGGGAUGGCAAGGUGUUCGCGACAGAUGUGCUGCUCAACGCCAUUAAGCAGAAUGCGCGUGGGGAUGUGGGGCUGACGAUGGACGAACUCACCGCGGCGGCGCGGCAGUUUGGCUUUAGCGUUAGCGAUGUGCGCGCCGCGCUGCGGACGUUGGCCGCAGAGGGGAGUGUCUACCAAACACACGACAACCGUUUCAACAUUUAA